UAGAUGAAGGAGAAUUAGAAAAAGUAGAAUAUUUCGCAGAUGGACAUAUGUCUAAGCAAGACAAAGACAUGGACAGUUCUUCAUCUUCGACAGACAACUACAGAAUCUCUCUUACAGAUAUAUUUCAGUACCUCUUUGGUGGAAAGCAAUCAAUGCCCAGCCAAUCAGCCACAGAUAACAUAACCACCUGCCACACUGGUGGAAAUUCUGUCCCUGAAACCUAUGAUCAUUUCUUCUCAGAGUUUGAUACAGAAAGCUUUUUUUACCCUCUCAUCACAGCAGAAGAUCAGGCCAAAGAGGAGCUGGUUCCUAUCUUUUCCUGCUCUCGCUCGGCUAACAGAAAACUACAGUUCCCUGAGGCUUAUGAUUAUUUCUUUCCAUCCUCCUCUUCUGAUGAUUCUUCUGUGGAAUCUGAUGAAGAAGAUGACCGCGGUCCUAUAAGGGUGGUGACCAGGUUCAGUCGUACGUCAAGCGCUUCGCAGAUUUCUACAGACAUGUAUGAGCAUUUCUUCACAGAUAGCGACCUCCGACAGAAUUUCUUUUGGAAAACCACGCUCUCCUUCAGGAAUAUUAGGUCUACUGGCUCUACAGUCCAAAAGCAGACACUCUCAAACCCUCUGUCUCUUGUACCUGUGAGGCAAAGUGGCAGAUCCCUUCGAAAGACACUUCAUCCUAUAAAUGCUGUUGGAAAUCAAGACAUGAUGUUUCCUGAUCCACUGCUUUACAACCUGGAGGACAGGAUCUCCCGACAACUAGCACAGGAGCCUUUGAGAUACGAGGUCUUCCAGACGGCUGUUUCAAAUCCAAGGUUGGAUGUCCCCCUCCUGCCUCUCAGACAGUCAGACAUGUGUCUGGUUUGUAUAGCAUUUGCUUCAUGGGUGCUGAAGACUGCAAACCCACAAGUUGGAGAUGCCUGGAAGGCUGUUCUGCUGGCAAAUGUAAGUGCUCUGUCAGCCAUCCGAUACCUGCGUAAAUAUGUCAAGAUGGAGGCGGCAGCCAAUGAGAAGAAAUUGCAAUACACCGUCCCAUCUGAUUCUUAACGUUUCUGCCUCUAUGUCACAAAUGUUUCUAAUUUCUCCAUUGAAUGAAUAUGGAAAAGUGUUUCAUUUAACAGCAGUUGUUUUGCUCCUUGCGAAAUACAUUUGCUGACAUUUUGACCUUUUAGUGUCAGAGCAUUUAUAUGAUAUAUGAAAAGACAAAAGACAAGAUGAGACAUUGUAUAUUUAUCAGAAAGAUGGCUUUAGACAUUUGUAAAUAAGGUUUCAGUAUGUGCUGAAGAAAGAUUAGAAGCAGGUUUACUCAGAGAUGUACAGAUUUGAGAUGUUAGAUGUGAUAAAUGGAUUAACUUGAGGCACUAAAAGAGUUUAGGAAGGUGCUGUUUGAGCCUGUUAUAUAAAAUAGUAUACUAAUCUUUUCUGAUGGGCAUUUUAUUUUCAUGAUAGAUAAUUUAUAGAUAUCUGUACAGUAUUUUGUCAUAUGAGUUGCUCUGUGAGCUGUUGAUGUAUUUCAGUAAAAAUGAUCUCUGAGA